AAUCCAGGACUCUUGGGUCAGGGUUCUAUCUGGAAACCCCUUAGGUGGGAUGAAUGGGGUGAGCCUAGGUUCAGCUAACUGGCCUGCUCGGGAGGAAGGAGUUAAAUGGCACUGCUGUCACCUGAGCUGGGCAUCAGGUUACCUGUGUCCAGGUUCUGCUUGUUAGAAGGUAGAGCUGAGCCUGCUCCUGGGCCUCUGGCUGCCCAGGAGCCAGGGAAAGGACUCUCACUGGGGAUCCUCACUGACUCUGUCCCCAGGCUCCCAGGUAUGGCCCUGCCCCCACCUCUGGGCCCUAGACUCCCCUCAGAGCCCCUCAACCACCCCCCUGGAGCCCCUAGGGAACUGGACAUUGCUGGAUGUACCAUCUGCCCUGCAUCUGGAGAGGAGAGAAUCAGACCGGACCAGGCCCAGAAACUGGGGCAAGACGCCUUGGACCCUCCCCAACACUUCCAGGGUGGGUUGAGGGGCACUGAGCCUGCUGCUGGUCCCCUCAGAUUGCCAACACCCUCUUCCAGUGAGGACCCAGCUGGGGGCAAACCGUGUGAGCACCUCAGCUCCGGCCAGGAGGUAUUGGAGGCCGAGCAGGACAGCCUAGCCCUAUGCCUGUUGGGGCUGGGCCUCCGGCUGCAGGACCAAGAGCAAGGCCUGGGGCCCUGGGCAUCAGCCCAGAGCAGGAUGGGCCAGCUGCAGGCCCUCCAGGCAGACCUGCGUGGGGCAGCUGAGCGUGUAGAUGCCCUGCUGGCGUUCAGUGAGGGGCUGGCACAGCGGAGUGGGCCUCGGGCCCAGGCAUCGCUGGAGCAGGUCCUGAGGGCCCUCAGAGCCCACCGAGGCAGCAUCUUCCGGCGACUGUGGUGGCUGGAGGCCCAGCUGGUCAGCUCUAGCCUGGUAUGGCCCACCCUGGCAGGCCCCGCCCCAGGUACCAAUUCCACAUCCCCCAUGACUCUGUCCUCUGACCAGGUAUUUGAGGAGGCCAGCCCACUGGAUCAGGACUUGGAAGUCGAGGGGGACUUGGACGGGCCAGGACCUGGUGGGGUCUGGGGGCCCUGGGCACCCAGUAGCUACCCCACUCCCGCAGAGUUGGAGUGGGACCCGGCAGGGGAUGUUGGAGGCCUCAGGCCCUUGGGGCAAAAGACAGCCUGGACACCAGGAGCUCCCUGUGAGCUGUGUGGCCACAGAGGCCCCCAGGGCAGGGGACAAGGCCUUGAGGACAUGCUCAUGUUGGGCUUCAACCACCGGAAACACUUGGCAGGUCACCAAAGAUGUUCCCUGCUCCAGAAGUCUCAGGACAAGAAGCAAGCAUCUCCCAAUCUCCAGGACUUGAUGUUGGAGGUAGACCCCGGAGCCCCUCCUCCUGCAUCCGGGCCCUCCCUGACCUUCCUCCUCCUCCUCCUCUUCCUUCUCCUGGUGGGUGCCAUGUUGCUCCUGCCACCUUCAGGGAGCUCCUGCUGCUGUCCUGCCCGACUGACCAGGACACCUUACCUGGUGCUCAGCUAUGUCAAUGGUCCCCCCCCAAUCUGAGUAUGUAGCCCAGACAUAUGUAAUAAACGGUCACU